AUGCACUUACCCAACGGUGAAGUAACUUCGACAACACCAAACCCUAACCCCUCUAGUGAAAGCAAAGAAGUCAUAAACGAUCCAAAAACUAGGCCAAAACAUUUUAACAAAUAUAAUCAAGAAUCAAGCUUUAUGGGGCUAAAUAACAUAGAUGAAUCAUCAGGAAAGCCAUUCGGCGGUCAAAACAAUCCGUCAGAAAAUAACUACGAACAAACAGCUAGAGAAUCAAACGUAGUCGAUUCGGCCGCCUACAUUCAUAACAACCGAAAAGCAAGUCCACUCAUGGCAUAUAACAAGGGCGCGAGAUUCUUGGACGAUCAGAGUAGCAAAGAUAUCAAAAAUACAAGGGGAGCUGCGUCGCUGCUGGGGAGGGUGUCCAACUCCCGUGGAGUAAGCCCUCUGGGGAUGAAUAACGGGGAUAACGUAAGACCAGCGGCAGGGGAGAACAACCUUGACGAAGGAGGUGUGUGCCUGACAGCUGAAUCUCUGACUGACAGCACUCUUAACGGUUUACUGGCGGAGCAUCCAGGGGAAUUAGUCAAGACUGGAUGUCCACAUGUUGUGUGCACCGUUUUGCCGUCGCACUGGCGAUCGAACAAGACAUUGCCAACGUCCUUUCGGGUCGUUUCCCUAGGAGACGUGGGAGACGGCACGUUGGUGACACUAAGAGCCGGAAAUGACGAAAACUUUUGUGCCGAGCUAAGAAACUGUACUGCCGUCAUGAAAAACCAAGUAGCCAAAUUCAAUGAUCUCAGAUUCGUGGGACGCAGUGGUAGAGGUAAAAGUUUUACCCUGACGAUAAUGCUCUCAACUUCUCCACCGCAAGUUGCAACUUAUACGAAGGCGAUCAAAGUUACGGUGGAUGGCCCCAGAGAACCAAGAUCCAAAACUAGACAUCAUGGUUUUCAUCCGUUUGCAGCAUUUGGUCCUCGAUCGCUCUCUGGCCCUGACGCGCUUAUGGGUUUCAAAUUAUCAGGAAUAUCUCAACAUUUCGGACAUUUGUCAAGAGCCGAUUGGCAAAUAUUAGGGGGCCACCCAAGAUUACCUCAUCCCCAAACGCAACAUUUAUCGAGUACUCAUCAUACUGUGUCAAAUUAUCAUAUGAAUGGAGGUUUUGGACCUCCAUACACAGCAUCGCAUCAAAUGGUUCAGCCACAAGACGUCUUAUUUAACAACACGAUGACCGCACAAAAACGAAAAUCUACGGGAAAUUUCGAUUCAAUAAGCAGCAGCAAUGCUCAAGCUCACAGUACAACCAGUCCGCUCACAUCACCAAGCCCCGAAAAAAUGUCGUUUCUCCUAACAACUAUGCAGAAUAAUAAUAUUGACGAAAGCAAUGUCAACAGUUUGAAGAGACCAUCGGAUAGCGAAAAGCCUAAAAAGCUUUCUAAAGACAUAGUGACCGAUACCAAAAGUAAAUCUAAAGAGAAAACUGUACCAAGGACGCUAUCUAAUUCUUCUGGUAUCGAACGUGACGCUGAAAGUCCUGAUGCUGACCUGAGUCAUUCAGGAGCAUUCCACACAUUUCGUUCAAGGGCUACCGGGUCGGGAGAUAUACAAGAUUUUCACGGAGUUUUUCACAAUGCUUUGGCCGCACAACUUUUGUUGGGUACGUAA